AUGUGGUCGAUAUUUUUCAUCUUCUUAUCUUCGUGGUUAUUUCGAUGUGUUAAUCCUGAAGUACCACAAGUUAUUGAUUAUUUAAAUGGUUUUCAUCUUGACUGUUAUGAGUGUCAUUCAAAUCGUCCCGGUUGUGGAAAAAAAUUGGAUUGGUUAUUAAUGAGAUGGAAAAGAUGUGAUAUGCCUGGUGGAGCUAAAUGUGUGAAAAUUAUUGAAAGAACACCGGAUGGUGAAACAAAUUAUAUUCGUGGUUGUGUGAGAGAAAUUGAAGCUACUCGUCCAGAAAUGCCUACUGUUCGUGAAAAUGGUUGUUGGACAGCUACCGAUAAUUAUGUUGGUCUUGGCUAUAAUAUAUAUAUACCCACAACUGAAACGAUUUAUUGUUUUUGUAACGAAAGAGACGGAUGUAAUAAAAGUUCACGAACAUUUUUUGUAUGUAAUUCUUUCUUUUAUUAUCUUAUAGGACUAAUUGUAACUAAAUUCUCAUCUUUGUUGUUCUAAUAAUGAAUGAUAUCUUUCAACUUAAUAUUUUCUUUUUUCUAUGCCUUGUGUUGGUAAGAGUUAAUAUUCUCUUGACUUCUGUCGUAUAUGUACAUUCCACAAUAAACGACGACUAGUUUUUUUUUUGUAAAAACAAUUUUCUCUUCUUUUUACCGUUUUUAUUAUCAUUUUGAAUAUUUUUUGGCUUCAGGUAGAUAUUUUAUAAUGUUGAAUUCUGAUACAUUCCGUUUUGUUGUAUUUUUCUUGCCGUUUUAUGUAUAUAAACAUAUAUUAGAGUUUUACUUUUAUUUAAAAUGUGCAAAAUAACGUUUUCUAUAUCAAUUUAGUUUCUUAUUGCAAAUCUUGUUUUGAAUUUGUACAUAGAUUAUUCAUAAUAAAGAUAUAGCUAAAAUAUUGAAGAGAAGCUUGGGGGGGGGGGGGGGGGCCGUUGGGGGGGUUUGAAUUAAUUUUUUGUGAAAAGGG